AUGCAAACACAUUUAACCUGGCAACAGUUUAAAUUACAAUGUGAGAGACUCAUUGAGUUGGUAAAUCAAUAUAGAGGUAGUGGUAUUCAACAAAAUGAAAAUCAAGAUAGUUUUAAUUGGUAUUGGUUAGAAACUGAUGAUCGUGGAACUGGUUGUUUGGUUUUAAAGUCUAUAAAGACAAUCAACACCGAACUACCACAACAAAUCAAUGUUUCUAAUAAUAAAGAUAUUGAUAUUGAAAGUGAACUGGAAGAAAAUGAUAUUCAAACUAUUAAUAGUUCGAACGAAAGAGACAUAACAACAAGUAAAUUAAAUCAAAAGUUCGUUCAUUAUGAAUAUCAUAUUUCAUUUAGUGUAUCAUAUCAAGUACCUGUAUUAUAUUUAAAUGUAUACAAUAGCGAUUCUUCAUUCAUUAAAUGGGAUGAUAUCUGGAAUCUAUUACCACUUUCAAGCUACGAUAAAUCUAACCUUUCAUCAAUACCUUGGAUAUCACAAGUAGAUCACCCAUUAUUAGGUAUACCAUUUUAUCAAUUACAUCCGUGUGAGACAGCAAAUCUUAUGAAUCAAGUAUUAGCUAAUAAUAAUAUAGUUGAUGAUGAUAAAUGUUCGACAACAAUAACAACACAAAAUCAUGAAAAUGACUAUCUUUUAAGUUGGUUAUCAAUAGUUGGUCCAUUAGUUGGUAUUAGAUUACCAAAAGAGAUAUUAAUAUUAAAUAAAAAUCUAAAAUAA